AUGUCGUACCAAGAUCAGAGCGGUUACCCGCCGCCUCGAGAGCAGGAAUCGCAAUACCCACCUCCUCCAGGGGAAGAAGAUGACCGCGCAAGAGCAGCAUAUCAUCAACGAAGCGCUUCAAGCGGUGGCGGCGUCAACCUCCUUUCUAUCUCGGCCUACGACCACUAUGGCGCACCUCCCCCUAAUGGAUAUCCUGCGGAUCCUCGUGGAUACCAACAAGACCCAUACCGAGCUCCUCCUGGACAAUACCGAGAUGACAGAGGUUAUCAGCAAGAUUAUGGUCGAGGUGGUGCGCAAAACAUGGCUUUCACCCAAUCUGCCCCCAGACAGAGGACGGCAAUCGCAUGCAGAUAUUGUAGGAGAAGAAAGAUCCGUUGCUCAGGUUUCGACCAGAAUCCCGAGGGGCGGUGCUCAAAUUGUCAACGCUUCCAGCAAGAAUGCAUCUUCACCCCCGUAUCUUCACAGGCGCAGGCCUUCGUUCCAGCUCAUGCUGUCUAUCCCGGUAUGCGGAACAUGGGUGUUGGACCUGAUGGGAGGCCUCGACCCAUGAUCUACCCACAAGGGACUCAGCUUUUCGGAGCGCAUGGCCAGCCUUUAGGCCCUAUUCCUCCGCAACAAAGCUCACCUUACGAAUACCCCGCUCCAUCACCCACUGGCUCGUACGGGUCUUUCUCUGAAGACCGUAAUUCUCAACCUCCACAUGACCAAUCUCGAAAACGCCAACAACAAGAUCCUCAUCCAUCCAUCCUCCCUCCUCCAAUCCCAGGUCAACCAUACCCCCGCGCCGACAGUGCCAACCGUCGUCAAGCCGUAGAGGACGACUUGCGUCUGCCUCCUGUCACACCAACAGGCACAACGGCAGCAAAUUACUCUCCUGGAUCUUCCACCUCCUCGCAAUCAGGUCUCCAACCCCCGCAACAAUCCGGCCUUCCGUCAAUGUCACGAACACCUCCGCCACGUUCAAGCCCCGGCGAAGGGUCGAGAAGCGAUCCUAUGAGCUUAGGCAAUAUCAUGGAGCGACGACCGGAUACAGAAAUCGAUAGGGGAAUGCUGGGCCGACUGGAUCGGAAGGCGAAAUAA